AUGUCCCCAGCACAAGAAUAUUGGCUUCCUGGCUAUGGACUCUCACGGCACAUCGUCCUCAGUAAAAUGCAGUAUUUCCUCGGCCCGACCGCUUCAGUGAGGCCGUACAGCUACCAGGGACGAGAAGGUUAUCUUGUUACCGGAGCCCCCCUCACGAGAACACAAAUCGAUGAUUUGAGGAAGAUGUCGCAAGUCUACGAGCAAGAGGCGUCCAUCAGAAUGGCGCAGACAUCUGGGUUGACCAUCAACGAGAAAUCAGACGACGAACUCAACGAACCUUUCAUUAAUCAUCCCGUAUACGUCGGUCGACGUGACAAUCGCGAGCGCGACCGGGUUCGAGAGCGGGAUGGUAAACCAUACCCAAUUGAUCGAUAUCCGAGAAUGAAACGGUCCUGGUGA